CUAUUUAAACUGCUUUCACUUCCGGUGUGUUCAUGGAAGAAGAACCUUCGCAUUGCAACCGGCAGGCGCUCCUAAAAAUAAAACAUUUGGACCGCGACACUUUUUAAAACAAUUUUUAUUUUCCCAUUUAGGCGACAUCAUUUUGUUUAAACUCCGCCCUUCAAUAUUUGUCACUCCUGGCACUCUGACACGUUUGCUCGCACCGCUAGCCUCGUUAGCUGGCGUUAGCUUGGCGUCACUUCCUACGUUUGAAAUCCGCGGCCAGAAACAAACGUUGUCCAAAGUGUGAUGGAACUACAAGUCGGAUCAGAACCCAUGACUCUGGGCUCCCCCACGUCCCCCAAGCCCAUUCUGGGCGCCCAGUUCCUCCCAGGCUUCUUGAUGGGCGACCUGCCUGCCCCUGCAAGCCCGCAGCCCCGCCCCUUCAGCCUGUCCACGCCCAUUUUGGAGAGCACAAGUGCCCUUAAAGGAAGCUCCGCCCCACAUCCUGUAGUCCACACUCCUAAGGACAAAAGCGGAGCCCCGCCCAUUCGCAGCAUCCACGACGAGCUGGUUACUGCGGGAACGCCUCUGAGCGCCAACAGGCAGUCUUUUCCCAUCAUGCACUCCCCAGUGUCGGGCCGCCAGGCGUCCACUCCAGGUGUGCAGCAGGCGUGCAUGUCUCCAGCUCAGGUGGACCCCUUUUACAGUCAGGGGGAGGCUCUGUCCUCUGAGGACCAGCUGGACCAGACCUGGGUCACCGUCUUUGGUUUUCCUCCUGCCUCUGCAUCCUAUAUUCUCCUGCAGUUCGCUCAGUAUGGAAACAUCCUCAAACACACGAUGGCGUCUCCUGGCAACUGGAUGCAUCUUCAGUAUCAGUCCUGGCUGCAGGCCAGGAAAGCCCUGUCCAAGGACGGCAAAGUCUUCGGAGACGCCAUCAUGGUGGGCGUCAAACCCUGCAUUGACAAGAGCAUGAUGUUGGAAGCCAGCGAGGUCGCCGCCUCUCCUCGCCGCAGCUCCGCCCUCCCCUCCACCCCACGCUCUGCCAUCAGGCCGCUCAGCGCCACCUACAGGACCUCGGGCAGCGACUACCAGGUGGUGGCGGACAGACAAACCCCCAGGAAGGACGACAGCUUGGUUUCCAAAGCAAUGGAGUACAUGUUUGGUUGGUGACAUCAUCAUGGCUUCAUCAUGACGUCGCUGCUGCUGAUUGGAUAAUUGGACACUGUGUGUGCGUGUGCCUUCUUUUAUCAUCAGAUUUUUAAAGUGUAAUAAAGUUUGUACAUGAAGCGAAAGUGUUCUCUCAGCGGCAGGCGGCCAUUUUUCCUUUUCCCAAAGUCGCUUACAAAUCUUGUCAGUUGCGUUUCUAGGGCCCAUGCAGGGAGCCUGUUAAAAUGCUGUUUUUUAUUCCAUACAUUUGGACGUUUUUGCGGCCCUUAACAUGCAGAAAAAGUCCCCACAUUUUUGCAGGGGCGUCGGGUCCGGUGAAAUAUUUUUGCAGGGGCGUCGGGUCCGGUGAAAUAUUUGAUACUUUCGGGGCCCCCCGAACACUAAAUGUUACAUUUGACUCAGUAGCACCCCCUUUAAAAAUGUGAAGAAAUUACCCCCUGCUACCAGAUUCACACACGUCGAUCAUGAGAGGACGCACGCAAAGGUCUCAAGAAGCCAUAUUGGAAAGUAAACAAGAAGUCGACCAUCUUGGUUUCGUGGGCCAGUUUUAGGCUAAAAAGGGGUCGUACUUUAACAAACUCCUCCAAGGGACUUUGACCAAAUGAGUCGCGGUUAAAACGACAGGCGAAAACUUGCAAGGGAAAUUUGCCUAUGCCAUAGGAUGUGUGUGUGGCACAGCGCCAAACUUUGAUGUGAUGGCUCGCCACAAAAUAUUAACCAAAACUUGACUAAUUCAACUUGAUAAAUUAAUAUCUUAAUCGGUACGAAUGAUGACAACCUGAAGUGCCGUAUGGGUCAGUAUCUGUACGUACCCAUUCGUAGUGGGCGGAGCCUGGCGCCGAAUCUUGCUCCUCGCCAUCACCAGUGAAACUGUCAUCACUUGAAAUGAUCAGACAGAUAUUAAACUGAUAAAAUGUGAAUACAUUUACCCUUGCUACAGGAUGUGGGCGUGCCAUGGCACCAAACAUUGAUGUGAUGGUUCGCCACAAAACACGAGACGUUAGUAACUCGGCUCCACAUGUUCAGAAUUGGAGUACAAAUGAUGAUGACACCCUGAAGUG